AGCAGUGGCGUCUCGUGGGGCACGGCUCGGCAAGCAUCGGUCGUUCAGUCAAGAAACUCGACUGCACCGAAUCACUACUAAGCUAGGUUAAAUUCAUAAGAGCCAGGAGCGCGCUGCUCUUUCUUAGCUGUGCUUACAUGAUAGUGACUUUUCUGCUGAAUCUGUGCCGCGAUUUCUUCAAGUGAGAAAAUUCGAGUGCCGUAAUUAUUCGUGACGGAUCGUUGGUGUUCCUGAGUUCUCGCAGAUUAAAGGACGAAACAGGCGGGACAGAGACGGCAAGAAUUUAUUGGUUUCUUUUUUUCGAUUCCAUAAUUCGAACGCAUGGUGCUCCUGGACUCUUUUUUCGGACUUUUAUUACAAUCCACUGCCAAAAUAAGGGCAGCCUGGUGACAGUGAUGAGUGUUUCUUUGCUUGUGUUCGUCGAAGCCGUUGUCGAGGCUUACGUGACUGUGACCGUGACUGCUGUGCCGCCGCCACCGCGAUGUGCUUCGCAAGCUCGGCCACCAAGGAGAUGCUGAAGACGUGGCACACGGAUUCGUUUAAAUGGUGGCUCUAAGGGGUUUCAUUGGAAAGCAUGAGGGAAAGAACGCCCUCUGCCGACGAUACCCCGAAGAGGGCUCCACCAGCUCCACCCAGAGAAGCGGCCUCGGCGGAUGUAGCUGGUAGCAAAACGAGCAGCGAGACGGCAGAAGUUUUCGCCGUGGCGAAGUUCCCCUCGGCAUCGUCGUCCACGACUCCACCGUCAUCCUUGUCGAGCGUGGACGCCAGGAUGGUCGCAUCCGCCCACAAUCUGGACGAUCCGACCGCGGGCCACCCGGCGAACGUGAACGGCGACCGGCAGCAGCAGCAACGCGAGGAGAAGCACGGCCACAUUUACAGAUCGGCGCAGCAGACCGCCCAGGACAAGAGGAGCAGGCUCAGCAACGUGAUCAACAAUCUUAGAAAGAAGGUCCCCGACUCGAGGAACGGGGACUCGGGCGGGAAGGAGGAGGACGAUAGGAACAGCGUGGAGAGAAACCUCGAGACCCUGGAAAAGUACGUGAUGACAGUGUUGAACGGUGUGAUCAAGGACGAGGAGAAUGACAGAGAGGUAAGUAGGAAGAAGGAGGCCGAGAAGAAGAAGGAAGGUGACAAGUUGGCCGAUCAGGAAGACGGGGAUCCGAAGGGUUUGGCCGCCAAGUUUGAGCCCUCGAAGCCUAACGAGAGCAGGACAGAGACUGCCGUGUUCCUCUUAGAGCAAACAGACAAACCUGACAACCUCAAGGAAUUCUCUUUGGAACUUCGUAAAAUUGAUACGAGAGGCGAGAACUCUUCGAGGGGCGAAGAGUCGGUUUGGAAGGAAAAAAAUCAGGAGAAAAAUCCCCUGUCCGAUGAUGCACACGGGAAGGAGAAAGAGCCCUCUAAGAUGAAGAGAGGGGAGAACGAGGAGGACAAUGUUUGCAUAGGUAGCAAUAAGUGUUCCCCCUACAAGGAGAUAAAGUGCGAGGAGCAGUGUGUCCAAGAGGCGGGGAGGAAUGAUAGUCAGGAAGAGGAGAGGAGAGAGAGUCGUUCACUGGGAACGAUCAUUAUGGAGAGAUUGAGCGAGAAUUUGUCGGAUGGCAACGUGGAAGGGAGCGUGGUGGUGGAUGAUGCGAAAUAUGACCGCGACGAAUUGGUUUCUGACAACGUCGAGUUGAGAAACGUGUGCAGAGAUUUGUUGAACGAUCUGUUGAACGAUAUCAAUCAAUUGAUCGAUGAGAACAGGCAGAAUAAAGAGGAGGCGAAGCCGCGGUUGGAAGGCAUCGAAGAAUCGAAAGAUUCGUCCAGGAUUCAAGAUCUGGCUACGACGAGCCUUCAUUGCAGUCUGCCUCUGGAUAAAGUGGCCUCAGUGUUGCAGAAUUGUCAGACGAGCGAAUUGGCUGCUCCUCAAUCGCCUUGUUCCUCUUCUUCUUCUUCCUCUUCUUCCUCCUCCUCCUCCUCCUCCUCCUCUUCUUCUUCCCAGGGCUCGAAAUCUCCCAGCAAACCAUCCUCUCCCACCGUCAGACAUCUCUGCCUGUACUGUGAUCGAAAGUUCAUGUCGAUAUCCCUGAGGCAACGGCACACCGAGAGAGUUCAUCAGCAAGGGGGCGGCAGAAGGUCGGAAAGGAACUCGAGGAAACCGUCGCAGAACUGCCAGUAUUGCUCUGAUAAAUGCGCGGAGAGCUUGGAAGGUCUGUUCCAGCACAUGAUCGGCACCCACGGAGACAAGUACCACGCUUGUUUGCAGUGCUCUACCAGGUACCUAACCAGGGAGGCUCUAGCAGUUCAUAUGAACGAGACUCACGGUGUGAAUCUCGCGGAGAGGAAUCUUCAAAUCCAGUCUCUUUCGCAGGAGAAGUUGAAGGAAUCCUCUCCCCCCUGCAAGGAGCUAGGCAACCAAAGUCCCCACGACAGGGCAGAUCCGUCGAACCACCCCAAAGAGAGAAGAGGCGAGGAAAGUGAUCAUGAACACCGAGCUGAAACCAGUUUGCUGAAACCAAUGCACCCGGUGAAAGACAACUUCAGCAAUCCGGGGAGCCCGGAGUUCGACAGUUCCUUUUACAGCAGCGUGAGCUGCAACAUCCGGGAGAAUCUUCUUCAUCAUUUGGAUGGGAAACUUCAGAGCUCGUCGUCGUCGUCGUCUACUAUCGCGUCCAACAGUGUGUCGAUAACAGAGGCGAAACCUCAGCAGCAGCAGCAACAAUCACAGCAACAACAAUCGUAUUACGAGCACAACGUUAAUCAGAUACAAUUCCCGAUAGAUAUAUCGUUAACAGCCGCGACACCGGUUUACUCGAAGGAAUACAGUAGCGAGGAGUACGAGAAUAAUAGCGAGUACGCCCAAAAGCCUGGUAAGAGUAAUAGGUCCCAUCCUAGGCGAGUGUCUUUUGAGAAGUACAACUUUCCUAGGAAAUACGACGGGAAAGAGCAGUGGACCUGCUCGAUAAAAGAUCUCAGCAAGUUUGAUAUAUCCACUCAAUUGACACUGAGGAAGAAACAACAGUUGCUCAAGGAGCGUAUAAGUCUGAACAGAUUGCACCAGCUCACCCUUCUUGGACCGUGCGAGAUCGUCCAGAAUGAACAGAAUCACGGCUCUAAAAGUCUCGAUGUAUCUAACAAUUCGGGCAUAGCUGUUGCCAACGACCCAGACAUCGAACAGACAUCCCGUCGCGAACCUCUGAAAUCCUCGAUCGAGAACAAACACGAAUGUUCCGAUGUGAAAUCGUUUCAGGGUACGGAGUUCACCGUAGAAUUUGGCAACUUUCUGAGGUUAAGGAAGUGGGACGAGAAGAUGACUAUCGAGGCUGCCAAAAAUCAGGAAGUCGUUUACGCCGAGUUGACAGGGGAAUGGUCGAGGCCGAGGGUCUACAUCUGCGGCGCCUGCGCUUCCAAACACGUAACCUUGAAAGAUAUGGAGGACCACAAAGCGAUGACUCAUCCAAAUGUCUGGUGUUCGCAUUUCGAGUUCUCCGGUGAUCAAAGGGAACUGUAUAAACAUUUGUUUCUACCAGGAAAGGAUAUGCCUACAGCAAAAGCAAGAACGGCUAUUUUACCAGAAAAGGUGUGCACCAAGUGUUCAAAGAACUGUACGACUUUGCCAGAGUUGCACAGGCACAUGUUGGAGUGUGGAGGAGAUCAAGCUUGGUUAUUAGGACUGUUCGGCAAUGGAAAGAAAAAGUGCAAGUGGAGACCGUUUGGAAGUCGUAGUAGAAGACGAAGGCAGCGUGGCAUGAAGAGAAACAUUCAAAAUUCUCAAACUCCAAGGGUGAAUACUCCUAAAGAAAAGCAACCCACGGGACCGAGAGUUAGACCCAGUGAUAGGGAAAGCAUACAAAAGAUGUUGGCCAACUUACCUCCCAAAAGGGCUACCAGAAAGGUGUUGCAAGACAAUACAUUGAAAACACAGGGUAGACUACGCACUGCGCAAAGCGGGAGAACGAGGCCGCGAAUGGUCGGCGAUAAUUCGACCGCAUCCCGCAUGUCCCGGAACAAGGCCGUCCUCAGGAACAAACUGCUGAAGAAUGCCAAGUCGAUCCAGCGGAACCGUUGCCGGAUCGACAACAUAUCGGCGGUGAUCGAGAGCGUGGUGAGAAAUUACGCGCCUCACGAGGAGAGGAGAUCGAGCGACAAGAUGGUGGAGGAUCUGGGGGGCGAGGAGGGGAUGGAGAAGAAAGAGACCAAAGAGAAGGAUUCCAUCGCGUUGGAUUCGCCGUGCGGCAACGUUCAUUGCGCCGCUUCGGACGAAACAAGGGGCGGCAGGGGUGCCAAGGUGGCGACGAGGGGUGGGCCGAGGGUGUUGGGGAAGAGGAGGAACGUGAGGACGAAGGAGAUGCACGGCAUCGCGAAAGCUGGCCUGGAUCAAGCCAAGAGAAACGCUUUGAAGGCAAAGUCGUCCAGAGCCGCCUCCUCGAGGAACCUCGCGGGAGAGCCGGUUUUCGAGGCCUCGAGACCGGCGUCGAAAGGCAAAUUCUCUUCCAACGGGGUGGAGAACGAGAUAGCGGAGUUGGCCGACGCGAGCGAGCUCGAUCCAGCCGAGAAAUCGAAAUCCCCCAGCCCAUCGAUCAGAGGAAAACCCUCUUCCUCCUCCUCCUCCUCCUCUUCCUCCUCCUCUUCCUCCUCCUCCUCCUCCAACAUUCAGACGACGCCUAAAAGGAAACGGGCGGUGGAUCCUGUCGCCUCGUUGAACGCCUCCAUCAAAGCCAAGUCCCAACUGAGGACGCAGGACGGGAAAUUCGCGAGGAACCCGAACAAGGAGUUCUUGUCGCCCGGAGUUCACAAGCCCCCCGUCGAGAUGAGGUGUCGGUUAACGGGGAAGGUGAGGGGCGGCGAGGCAGGGGGAGGGCAGGAAUCGUCGGUCACGAGGUCGAGAUUGAGGGAGGUGUUCAAGAGCAGCAAGGAUAACAACGAACAACAGGUGGCGGCGCCGAAAAGGAUCACGAGGCUCUCCUCGGACAGCGACAAGAUGCCCACGCUGGAGCCCGCCGUCCUCCUCCAAGCGUCCAACGAGGAGUACUUGGAAACGUCCUCGGCCAACGACCUGCCGAUCCUUUCCCCGGCCACUUCCUGCCAGGAAAAAGUGAGUUUGCCGCGUGGCAAAGGCGCGGUUGUUGGGAAGAGCUGGAGCUUGGAGCAGGAAAAGGGAGGAGGGAAAGGGUCGGAGGAAGUGGAGGAGGUGGAGGAGGGAAGAGGGUGCGAGGCGCAAGAGUCGGAUCAAAAAUCGGGUAAAGGGAGGAAGGCGAGAAAUUUGGAUGCUUGGAAGGAGAAGUUGAAGAGGAAAAGCGCACCGGGCAGGAUGAUGGUGGAGGAGAGGAGAGGCGAGAAGAAGAGUGGGAGGAAGGAGGAGGGGAAGCUGGAAACGAGAAGCAAGGCGAAAUCGGAGAAAUUGUUCGUGGUCGACGACAGCCCGUUCAAGAUUCAGAGCGUCCCUUUCGAGGUGAAGAAGUUGAUAGGCUCGGACAGCAAGGAGGAUUUGUUGACGAAGUUGGCGUUGACUUCGAGGAUCGCCACUUCGAAGCGUUGCCUCAGGCAGCCCGUGAAGUUCAAAUUCGAACAGGAGAAAGGUAAAUUUCGCAGGGAUUUGGAUGCGGAAAGGGCACAGCUCGAUUCGGGGUCCGUCUCGGACGCUUCCACGAAGAAGGAGAAGUUGGACGCUAGGAGAAAGUCGUUGAGGAAAACGGAUAAGAAGGCGAUCGGGUCGAAGGAUGACAAGGCGUUGGAGGAGGUCGAGAACAGGAUGAGAGACGCGGCGAACGAGGUGAAAACGGCGGUCAGGGGACGAAGGAGCAGCAGUCUGUCGAAUGACAACGGCAAAUCGUUGCCGAGUUCCUAUCAAGCGUCCGACGGCCAAAACAAGCCCGAAUUCGAAACUGUGGUUCAAUGCGCGGACAAGAGACAAACUAGGGGCUCGUUGUUGAAUUCAGCCGAGGGAGAAAUUCAAAACGAGCUCGUAGACUCGAAGAAGAAUAGUUUUGGAAAGAGACGGGGCAGAAUUAAAUCUAGCAACGUAGAGAUGAUCGAUAAAAGGGGCAGCAUCGAGGCAUCUCGGGCAAAGAACGUGGAAGCUGACAAGAGUAAUUCAAUCGAGGUUAUCGAUAAAGUUAAUUCUAUGGAGCAGAACGAGAUAAACUCUGAUUGUAAGAAAGAUAUGGGGAGCGAGGAAAUCAAAGUUGCGAAAAGUAAGGAAGAGGGGAGUGAAAAGUGUUGUUGCGAGAAAGAAUCUAAUUUUUCAGGAAACGGUGAAACGAUCAAGGCGAGUGAGAAUUUAAAUCUACAAUUGGAAACGAGUAAUUCGAUGGACAGCGGCAAGGAGAACACGUUGGAGAAACCUGCACCCGUUCAAAAAUUGAAAGUUGGCAGGCCCAGAAAAUCGUGGGGAGUUAAGAAAGAGAGAGCUUCGAAAAGAUCUUUGAAUAACGUGAUCGGCAUUCUUACAGAAGGUAUGAACAUCCCCGUAGAGACCCAGCAGAAUGUUUUAAACGCGCAGACAACUGUGGACAACGUGGAAUCUCACGAAUCUUUUCAAAGCAACGUCCAACAAUCGAGCAAUGACACGGUUAAGUCGCAAAAUUUGGAUAAAAAUAUUAAAUCCUCUGCGAAAAACGCAGAGCCGAUGAAUAAUCUCGACCAAUUAAUCGAGAGUGCAUGUUCCGUUCAGAAAGUUCCCGCGGAAAAUUCGAAGCAGAAUCCUGAACUUGUUGCAGAAACUUCCAUCGAGGAUUUAAACUUGGUCAAAUCAAUGGAGAGUGAUGAAAAGGUGGAAUCGUUCGCCAAAGAUGCGACAGGGGAACAGUGCCCGACUAACGAUAUCAUUUUGGAUUUGUCGAGAAGGAAGCAGAAAGGUAAAGGAUCGUUCUUAGAGAAAAUAGUUUCGAAGAUAGCUAAACAGAAAGAUGCUUUGCUGGAAGGUGAAGUUGGCUCUCUAUUGGACACUGCUGCUGAUGAACUCACCAGUAUAUUGGAGGAAGUUGGGCCUGCUUUCUCAGAGGUCGGUGUCGAGAAUUCAGCCGAAUCGAAGAUUAAAAAUAAAACCGAGAAUUGUCAAGAUAACAAGCAAGAAACUAUCGAACAAUCGACUAAUGACGAUUGCCGGGAUAUUUUAGCGCCUACUGUUUCUGAUAAGGGUUUGGAAAAUAAGGAUUCUGCCGUUAAGACUGAACAAGAGAGGAUAAACUCGAUGGAGGAGGAACGGGUUAAGAAAUUAGAGAACGACAUUUGCGACGCGAAGGACGCAGAGGAUAGAUUCACGAGUACUUGCGAGAAGCAAGAAAUUGUAAAACGGAUCGAAACGGAAUUGCAAAAGGAAAAACAAGACGCGAAAAACGAGACGUGUUCGAACGAGAGAACGAUUCGCCCUAACGAGUCUGUCGUUCGUUCCGAUGAGAGUGAAACUCGAUUGGCUGAGAACGGUUUAGAUUCUCGACAAGUGGAAAAUUCGGCGGAGAAUCUGUCGAAGCAGGAAGAAGAAUCGAUGAACGAAGAGAUAAAGAUGAAAAGGAAGUCGAAAAAGAGGGGAUUGGAAAGGAAAUCGCCAAAGAAGAACAAAAGAAAGUCCAUUGAAUCGGCGAGUAACGAUACCGAGGAGAAUUUAAUUUCUGAGAAUUUGCAUUCGACCAAUGACGCGACGCGAUCGAUCGAAAAAUCAAAGCAAGUGCCUUCUACCAAAGAAAACAUUAGAAAUGAUUUGUCUACCGAAAUUAACGAAAAUAGAAUAGGACGUUACACGAAGGAAAUUGUAAAUGACGUGUCCGAAACAACGGACUCGAUGGACAAAAAGGAUGUUGACGAUACGAAAAUGCUUGAAAACUUUUGUGAAAGUAAUAAUAAGAAUCCCGAAGACAAUUUAGAAGACCGCGUAGCGAUAAUAAAUAAACGAGAUUCCGUUAAGGUUGCCACGAAAAAUGAAGACAAGGGAUCACACGUGGAGACGUUGGAUCAAUACUCGAAAGUGGAAUCGCCAACAAGAAGAUCUUCCAAGAAACCUCAUCAGGAUGAAAAAAUAAAUGAAUCUAUCGAUGGAAAAACGGAAUUGGAAUCGAUCGAUCCCUCUCCUCCCGUAGAGGAAACAUCGUGUGAGAAUGCGAGAGGAUCAAAGAGAAGGUCUUUCAGAACAAAAUCCAUGAUUCAAUCGCGAAAUGAGGAGAGAAUCGAAACUGAAACUGAAACUGAAACUGAAACUCUAACUGUUAGCGACGUUGCAUCCGUAGAAAAUCCUGAAGUGCCUUCGGAAGAGCCGUCUAAAAAUCUUGAGAUCACGAGAAACGAAGCUUCUCCAAGUAUCCAAACAACGUUUCCAAGUACCCUGGAACAAGCACCAAUAACUAAUCAAGAUACCUCGGGGAAAGAUGAGAGGAUUCGCGAGAAAGAAGACAUGGUACAAAAUCGAUCGAUCGUCGUGGAAGAUGCCGAAGAAAAAAGGAUCGCCGAGGUUCCAAUCGUUAAAGUGCCAAAGAAGCGUGGAAGGAAAAAGAAGUGUUUGACGAUUGACAAGUCGCAAGAGAACACCGACUCGAAGGUGGAAUCAUUCGAAUCGGCGAGUCAACUUCCUCCAAGAAGAUCUUUGAGAACGAACAGAAUGUUGUUGGUCGAGGAGGGCGAGGAUCGGAGCAAGAAUUCCAACAACGAUCUACAAAUGGCUGAUCUGCAUGUUCCCGGCCAGAGUCUAGAAACGUUCAAAAUCCCAGAGGUGACGGAAGUGUUGCAACACACGAAGAAAAGAACGUACAAAAGGAAAUCGACCGUUGACGAGAACCAGUCGGAUAAUCAGAAUAAUAUCAACCAGUCUGAAGCGCAGGUCGAAACCACUUGCGAAUCCCAAGACGCGAGUAAAACGGCGGGGAAGGAGGAAGAGUCAGAGUCGUCCCUCGAAGAUAGAAAACUUCCCUCGAAGGCCUCCAUCUCGGAGCAAUCCGAUUUGGAGAAAUCGGACAGCUGGACAGCUGGGCCGCCCGUUGAUCCGAUUCAGACAGGUAGAACCAGGUCCAGGAAGAGGAAACAAUUAUCCUUGGAGGACUCGUUGGAGCAGCAAUCGAGUCAGCAAGCCGAGAGCACGGAUAAUUUGUCAGAGACGUCUUGCACGAGCGAGCUCGGUUAUUUCAGAAGGAAGCGUUUCUCGAAGAAGAGGAAGGAGUUGCGUGAGCGUGAAGACGUGCAGACCGACACCUCCAUCACGGACUCGGAAUCGGAAAGGAACACGGACAGGAGGCAGAGUUUGAAGAGGAGAGCCAAGAAGAACAUAUCCUUUUUCACCGAGUUCUACUUGAUGGACGAUUUCGACAUUCCAAUGGAUAUUCAGGAUUGCGUAGGAACGCAAGAAAGGGAGGACGCAGAGGAGAGGAAGAAGAAUAACGAUCGACAAUUGUCGGAAUCUAAAUCGUCCGGGGAUUGCGUGGAGAAUAAGUCAGAAUCGGCGGGGGAAAUUGGCUCGAACGAAAUCGUGGAAGACGAGAAGUCGGAAGACGAAGUUGCGAAGGAAGGGAACGUGGAGUCGACGGAAGAUUCGGAUAGGUUGGUCGUUGAGGAUGAAGAGGACGAGGAGGAGGAGGAGGAGGAGGAGGAGGAAGAGGAGGAGGAGGACGAAGAGGAGGACGAAGCGAAGGAUGGGGAGAGAACGGAAGAGGACGAGAGGAUGAACAGUGUUUGCCGGAUGGAGGAUGAUUUCCAGACACCAAAGAAGAGGGGGGCGGGUAAUUACGUGGUGGUACACAAGAAGACAGGUGAAAUACUGAUCGUGGAGAAGAGGAAGAAGUUGACGAAGGAGGCUGCCAAGUUCUUCUGCAACGUUUGCACAACUAGUUUCACAAGGAAAAGUUCUCUGAAGAAGCACAACCAGUCCCAAUCGCAUCUGCUGCAAACGUCUAAAUCGAAAAAGGACAAAACGUCCGUGGAGAGUGGCGAAAACGUAGAGGAUCCUUGCAGUACUAGUCACAACGAUACUUCCAGCGAUGAAAAUAGAAGCGUGACGGACGAAUCUUUGAUAAAUAUUUCUUCAAAGAAGGAUGAUCAUAAAGGGGUUGAUGCUACAAAGUCUUCCAUCGUUGACCGGAUGGAAUUGGAUCAUAGCCAAGAGAAUUCUUGCUUCGCCGCUCCCUUGGAACAGGAUUCCUUGAUCACCUCUCAACCCCAUCAUCAACACAUACUCGAAGAUGAACUUUUGGACGAGGAGAUCUGUAAGAUUACCGAGAACAUGAGUCACGACGAGUAUGUCAUCAUGGAUCAAAUCAGCCCCGAACCGGAAUCCACGUCAACGCCUGUAAAGAUGGAAGCCAAGAACGUGGAGGAAAUUGAUAAGAAGAGGAAGCACGAGAAGAAGAAGGAGAAGGCGAAGAAAAGAAGUUCGAUCGAUGGAGAGAUCGUUUUAGAUAGCCCUGUAUUAGAGAAUCCCAAGGAAAACUCAGAGACUGUAGUACCGGAUGCAAAUACGUCCAUGAAAGUUGUAAAUUCCUCGCAUUUUGACGCGACAGAAUCAUCCGACGUGGGCGGUGCAAAUAUAUUGGAAAAUUCGCUUAAGAAUUCUGUUGCGAACAACAUGGAAUUGGUAGGAGGCAAUGUUUCAAGGAUGGAAAAGAACGAUGAUUUUCAAGAACGGUGUUUAGAUUGUGUUGGGAAAUUGGAAGAGAGCCAGGAUGUGGACAUGGGAAUAGGGGAGGCGGCGUUGAAUAGAGGAGAAAUGGCGAAUGAAAUAGCGAACGAUGUAUAUACGAUUAUAAAUUAUAAAUUAGAUACCAACGAUAAGACUGAGAAUUUUUCAAAUGUUAGGUUAGAUGAUAGAGACGAUACGGAAAAGGAUCAGCCGUGUGAGCGUGUAAGUUUAAAGUUGACCAUAAAUAAACGAAGUAUAGAAGCUUGUAAAGAGAUCGAUUCUGAAAGUAGCAACAGCUUCAAGUCGAAUUACUUGAACACGUUUAAUACCGAUCUCGACGACGUUGUUAACUGCAAUUCGAAGGAAAAUUAUGAAAAUAACAUCCGCAACGUGUUGGGGCCGACCAACGAAUCCGAUAAUUCCAAAAUUCAAAUUGGUGAAUUUGAUCGAGACUCGAGCUUGUCAAAAAAUAUGGACGAUGGAAACAAGAAUUUGGAGGCUAAUUCCGAGUUGGACGUUUCUAGGAACGGUUUCGAGGAAGAAAGCGCGACGAUGAAUCGUGAAUCGUCGGAGAGUCGGCGAUCGUCUCUGAGAGACGAUAAGCAAAACGAAUCCGAGAAAACGGCAAGGCACGUGAAAUCGAAGAAAGGUAGACCCAGGAAACACGCGCAGGAGAUGGAAAACGGGUCGAAAACGGAAUCUAAAUCCACGAAAGCCUCCGCCAAAUCUAAAAUUAAUCAAAAUAAAUUCGACGAUAAUGUCGCCAAAAUCUCACAAAUCGCAAAUGAUGAAAACCCUGUCGAAUCUUCGAAAACUUUCGACGACGAUGAAAGGUUGAGGUCAACAACUUCGACAUCUUCAUCGAAAUCGCGGCUGGAGACUAAUUCUACGGAGGAUAACCUUAACGUAUUAAAGAACGACAAAUAUCAACCUGAUGAUGGAUCAGGAAUUGCGGAGGUGGCGAAAAUCGAGUCGUCUAAGGCUGAAUCAUUGGGUGAAGAAACUACUUGCCGGCAAAGGAGGAUAACGGAGGAAGAGAAACUUUCUUCCGAAGAGAAGAAGAUCGAGGACAAUCGAGUCGAAUCUUUCCGUUCCGUGGAUGACGAGGACGACGACGACGACGACGACGACGAAGCUUCGUCUUCGUCUUCGUCGAGCCUUGCCGAUAAACCGUUGUCGCAAGUCUUACUGGAAAGAGAAGAGAAAUUAGAAAUGUACAAAAGACGGAUGAACGAACAGGGAUCUCUCCGCGUAAACAUUCCGCAACAUUCUGAAACGAGAUCGAAAGAGAGAUCGCAAGUGGAGGAUAUUGAUAGCCGUAAAACGAACGAACGUGAUGAUAAUUCAUUGGAUACGGACGAGUUAAACGAUAAUCGAAAGCGUGAUGGUAAAAAGAGAUCGGCGAAUAACGACGAGUUCCUCCGGAUCGCGUCGGACGAGGAAGCUGAAAGAACGUUGAAAGAUUCCGAUAAGGAUUCGAAAAGUUCGUCAGAAUCGGAAAACGAAGAAGGGAUUUCGUCGAUGGAAAACGAUAAAGAAGUUUACGAAGGGAAAAUGAUGAGCAUCGAUCAUGAAAAUUCGAGCAAAAAGGUGUCGAGGAGUCACAGAUAUUCCAACAAUCACAACAAAGGAUCGAGAGGGAGGAGGUCUCGCGUGAGGAGUAAGAUCAAUGAUCUUAAUAGCGAAAGUGACGAGAGCGAGGUUGAGGAUAAAAUCGAGUCGCAGAACAAGAGCAAAAUAGUGAAGAGCGUGUUUGGCAGAGUGUUUGGCAGCGGUGAAAAGCCAGACAAAGUGAAGGAAGUGUUGAACGAUUGGGUGUCCAAGUCGGAGGAUGAUUCGGAUCUCUCGAGGACCGGUUUUAGAUUCUCCGCUUCUAACGAAGCGAAAACCAAAGAGUCCUCCUCCAGCGACAAAAAGAGGCACACAUCGUUUACCCCUUCUAGUCCCAACAAGCGUUCUGGGAAGAAGUUGAAAAAAAGUUCUUCCUCGGCGGAGAGAGGCAAAGAUACAAGUCUGAUACUGGAAGAAGAAGAGGAGGAGGAAGAGGAAGAGGAGGAGGAAGAAGAAGAAGAUCAAAUGGAGCAUCGUUCUUCUAGAAAAUAUUCGAAAUCGAAGAACAACUCCAGUAACAAGAGGAAGCACGAUGUGGACUAUUUCUUGUCUUUACCAUCUACCAAAUGCAGGCAAAGUAAGAAGAGGGCUGAAGAAUUAAUUUCAAGAACUUUCGAGGACGAUUACCUGGACGCCAAUUUGAUUGGUACAAAAUCGUUGAAAUACAAGGAAUCGAAUUAUGGAUUGAGGAAUCAAGGCAAGCCUGACCUGAUGAUCAAGGACAGUGGCUACGGAUCCUUCAACUAUAAUGAGGAUUCCUCCAAAAUGGUUGCUUUGGAAGAGUCCGUAGAAGACGAUCAGAAGGCCAAAAGAAGGAAAUUAUCAUGUUCCAGGAAGAGUAAAGGCAAGAGUGAAGAGGAAGCUUGGAGGGAUUUGACGAAUGAUAGGAGAAGCUUGGAGAACACCAAGGAUUUGAUAGACAAGGAAGACAAUUUCGUCAAGGAUUUCCCUGGAGCAGAACCUUUGACUGGAAGUAGACUAUCAGUUGACCUAGAUUCUUCUCGUAGUUGUAGCAGUCUGGCGCCCAGUAGCGUGAGGAAUAGAUCCCCGAGUAUGGACAGAAACUCUCAAACCACUAGAAACUCUGAUAUGAACGAUGAAGAAGAUGAGAAUAUCGCUCACAGACGAAUAUCUCCUUUCUUCGUCUGCGGGACACCCAGAAGUUCCGUGGAGAGUAGCUCGAAUAGUGAAAAUGAAGAACAAGAUGAGACGUUAAUCGUUAACCAGGCUGCAACUAGAAAGAGAAGUUCAAGCGAGUUUUCUAGCGAGAAGAUUGUGAUCAGAUCGCCCUCUUCGAUCCACAAGAGUGAGGUCGUCACUAUAGCACCCACCGACGCCAUAGAAGAUAACGCUUUGGAUGUUCCACAAGAGAUAGAGGUGGCGAAGCCUAGACAGGGCAAGGUAUUGAAUUUUGACGAGGAACUGUUUGUCGAGUGUUGCUCUAGAUUGAAAGCCACCACUGAAAACGAACUUAGAGGCGCUAAGAAGAUCAAGCUUGAUCAUAAUGAAGGUUAUCAUAAGAAGGAUGAUCAGCAUCAAGGAUUCAGAGGACCUAAGGAUAGAUGGAGGGAUGUAGAGAGUCAGAACAGCUUGGGAAGUCUAUUGGAAUCGGUAAAUCAGUUACUGGGCGAAGAGAUGUACAGCACCAGAGAAAGGGAUUAUCAAAAGCAUGGCAGUAGAAAUCUAAGGAGUGAGCAUUCCAGCAGAUCAGCCAGCCCUGACAUGGCCAGAGCAGAUAAUUUGGGCUACGAAGAUAGUCUGGACGUUGCAUUCGAGCACAACAACAAGCUCAGAGACAAAAUUCAACAGCGCAUGAGAGAGAGCGAGAAUCUUAUAGCCAGCACGUUUGGCCAGAAGAGCAAUAACGAAUUGAUACGAGGUUUUUCCAAGAAGAAUGAAUUGGAUAUCACGAAAAAUUCGUACUCUAGUCUACAAAAUCAAGGACACAUCACUGGUUCGAAUCUGUCGGAUGGAGACUACAAUCCUUUGCACAGUAGAGACCCACAAGAGGAGCACAACGAUAGAAAAAUGAAUCUAGAAUCUUCAGGGAUCAAGGGUAAAAUGAACUCUUCAUUAGGAGGUUUACUGGACAAGGCAUUAUCUAACUUGUGGCACAACAAUGAAAAACAUGAUCACAAUGGAUCCACGCCAAUGAAGGUUUUAGCCGAACUAGCAUGUGCUCGCGCCCCAACAUCCACAGCUGAGGAUCCAGCUUCCAAAGAAGUGAUUCAACCUACGAAGAUUUCUUUGACCAAGGAUUCAAUUCUUGAACCAAACCCUAUAACCAUGUCCAAAGACUUACAGAAGAAAUCUAGGAAUCCUAUCAAAGAACUUUUCGAGAGGAAAAAAGAAAUGAACGAGAGGAAACAACAAGAGAAGUCAAAAACAGAUGCAGCUCUUCGAGAAAUAAAUAUACACAAACAACGCAAAGCCAAAAAGACAAAGAAACAUCAGGAUUUUCCUUUGAUCCGCCGUAAUGAACACGGAGGUCUGGUUGAAAGGAAAAAACGUCGUGAUGGAUUUGAGAAAAAAGAAAAAUUUGUCUCGGAUAAGAUCAAGGAUAUUUAUGAAUUUGACGAGGAGGAAAGUCAAAUAGAAACUAAUCUGGGUAGUGUCAUGUCUUACAGGAGUAAGCCAGGAUAUGAAAUAAACUGUUUGAAAACCAAAGAAAUAGAUAUGAGUGGUUUAAUGUCCAAGGCUAUCGGAGAUAAUCUAGAAAAUGCAAAAACUGAUGAUGCUUUAAAUGACAGAUUAGAAUCUGUCAUUGAUAAAAAGUUCAAGAAACUGGAAAAGUUUGCUCCAAAAACGAAGGGCGCUUUGAAAUCUUUCCAGAGUGAGGAUCAACAACAACAAAUUACUGGACCUAUGGAUGAAUUUGUGGAAAGAAAGCAAUCAAAAGGUAAAAGAUCUGUAGAGCAAUCUCUGAAGCAUUCGAAAUUGAAGAAACGUAACAAGAAUUCUAAGAAAAAGACUAGGAAUGCAUGGUAUGAAAAUGAUAGCUCUGAUGAGUACAGAACUGCUAUAAAAGCUGAAGAUAUUGGUGUAGGUAUUUCGAAGAGUCAAAGAACAUGUUCGAAAGGGAAACAAAAUAUUUUUGCGGAAUUAUACACUUCGUCUGAAACUGAAUUUGAGGACGAAGAAACGGACUAUGAAUCGAGAAAACAGAGAAGAGUGAAAAAGAGCAAUAAGAAAAUAACUGAAUUAGAAAACGUGGAACAAGGUCAAGAAUCGAUUAAUAAAUAUCAAAUUUCUUCCGAAGAUGAAGAUCAUGUAGAUGAUUGGAGGGAUGAAAAUUCGAAGAAUGAUAUCUCUAAGCAUGAUUGUGAUAAUAAAAAAUCUGAGUCAGAAAUGUCAGAUCAUCCUUUGGUUAUCGACGAGAGGAAAGAUAUAGAUGAACAGAGGAAUAGCGAUGAUGAAACUGAAAAUCAAUACGAGAGGAACUUUGAAAUGGAUGAUCUGUAUAGAGAAGACAGUUCUGUUGUUGAUUCGGAAGAAGAGGAUUCAGCUCCUCUCACUGAGUUAUCAAAAGAUCCAGAAGAGUUCAGAUCGAAUGAUCCAAAUCUACCAGAAGAAAAUACUGGUACUAAGAAAGAUUACAUACAGGAAAAUGAAUUGAUUCCGCUUGAGGAAGCCUUAGAUCUUCUAGAUCAAACUGACAACGGAAAUUCUGUAGAAACAAAAUAUGAUAAUGUAAAUAAAAUUGAUAAGUCUACUGAACACGUGAACUCAAUGGUAACAACAGAACCUGAAAAUGAAACGUUUAAUCCUAAUAAAGAAGUAACAAAAUCUUCUACUCUUAUAGAUGUACAAGAGGAAGAACCUGACAAUGAACUCCUAGUUUUACCUGAAAAAUUAUCGAGUAAUGAAAAACCACAAAAGGAAUCUGAAAAUCUUCCAUUACAUGUAUUUUUAAGUAGAAAAGUGCAAGAGUCAAAGAAGAGAAAAGAACAACAACUGAAAAAAAUGCAAGAAGAACAAGAAAGAAUAUUAAUGGAUUUUCAGCCUACUAGAAGACAGAGAAAAUGUGCUAUUGGCAAACAAGGAUUGUUGGCAGAGAUUAGUAGCUCUGAUGAAGAAAUGAGUUCAAAAGAUAAAAAAAUAAAUGAUAGAUCAGAUCAUGAUAAACCACGAAAACAGAAGAGAGAAUCAAAGGAAAAGAGGAAAGAAAGAUAUAUAGAAAAAAAACACGAACAAAUGAUAGCUAAGGAACAAAAGGCUAUCGAGGAAGAAAUCCUGCGAGAAGUUGGGAAGAAAAAAGAGUCUCUUGCACAAAAUGCUGCAGAUACAAAGACAGAUAUUAAUAGUACUAAGGAAUCAGAGAAUAUGAAAUCAACGGAAAACAUAAUAGUACAAGAAUUAUCACAAAAGAAAAAAGCUAAGGAAAAACAAAAAAAGCAAAAUAAGACAGACGAGGAUUUUUAUGUUAAGAAUAAUCAUGAAGGAUUGAGCGAUUUAGAGAACAACUGUAACAAGUUCAUGCCCGUAGAGAGCAAUCAUGAGAAUGAAAAUAAUCAACAAACUUCUGUGAAGCAAAAAAAGCACUCUAAGUCUUUAACAAAGCCAAAAAAGACUACAAAAUUAGAUCAAAAAAUGACAACAGGUAAAAAGAAUAAGAAUACGAAUUCUGAAAGAAGGAAUAGAACAGAUUCGAAAGGAUCAAAGGAUAAGGAACGUAGGUCUUCUAGUGGCAAACGAGAUUCUGGUGAUGAAGAACUGAAGACGACGAAAUCUUGGAAUAAAGUCGAAGAAGGAGUUGGAGUGGCUAUUGGCCGACGAAAAAGAGCAGCUGCUAAUCAGUUAUAUUAUUGGUCGAGUUCCAGUGACGAAGAGGAAAUGCUCGAAAUUGUUCCUACAGUUGAAGAGGAAGAAGAUGAUCGUCAAGAACAACACGGUUGGAUCGUUGGCGAUUCUCAUAAAAGAAUGAUUACAAUGCUUGCUAUGGAAAAGCAGCUAAAGGAGAAACGACGGAGAAGCGAGGAAGAAUUUGAGUCUGGCAAAACGAAAAGUAAAAAACACAGAAACAGUACCUCUUGAUACGUGUUUCACGAUUAGAUUCGUCUUAAAUUAUUAAAAUCAAACUUGAAUAGACACUUUUGUGGCUAGAUUUCUCUGACUGGAAAUGUUUCGAGGAAUAUAGAAUUCCUUUUUCAAUGUCAGGUUCAAAGUUACGAAAUUUGAAAUGACAACAUAAGAACUGCAAUUAUUAAUACAUAUUUUAUAAAUAGGAUCAUCUGAGAAAUUAGAACAAGUGAUUGAAUACAAAUGUCAGACAUUAUAUCAGAUGUUAUAACAGAAUUAGGUCAACUGUAAUUUUUAAAGAAGAAGAAAGAAAUAUAUACAUAAAAAAGAAGAACAAGAAGAAAGGAUAUAAGCAGCAAUUUUUGAUAUACAUUUCAGAACUUAGGUUUUUCCAACUAAAAAUGCUCUGAAGAGUCACAUCAUUCUUUUUUCUAAAGACAAAACUGGAUUUCUUAAUAACAUACAAAAUUACAGUCGAAAAAAAAGGACUUUUUUAAGGAGGAAUAGUGUAACCGGAUUUUUUGAUACUAGUCUUAGGCUCGCGAAGAUGAACAAAAAUGGUUAGGUUUAUUAAGGUAGCUAAAGGAACAUGUUAGAUAAUAAUGAAAAUCUAAACCAGCAAUUUUUUUUCAUUACAAAGACAAUGAACCGAAAGAACAGUCUGUAAUUAGAUCACAAGAAAAAAUAUAAAAAUUUAUUAAAUAAAAAUAUAAAAAUCGAAACAAUUAGGAGAGACAGUAUAGCAUAGAAAAAUUAUUAUAGUUAUUUGUAUUUUUCUUCGUGUUUUUUGUCAAUAUACAAAAUUACACGAUUGUUAUUUGAAAUUUCUUAAAAAUUAUAUUUUUCCUUUUUUUUUUUUUUUUUUUAUUAUUUUUCUUUAAUUUUAUAGUUGGCGCUUUUAGUUUGUAGAACACAGCGCUACAAAUAUUUAUAAUCAACGCUUAUUUGUUCCGUCAAAUACGAUGGAAGUAAUGUGAUCUACUGCCAGAAGAAAUUCCGAUUUCUUUCGAUCAUAUAUAAUUGUUAGCAAGCAAGCAAAAACGUGAACCGAGAUGUGUGUCGAGUUUAGAAUGGUAUAGGUCACGUGUUGUAACCAAGUUAUGUAAGAAGAAAAACAAUGGCAACUUGUACAUAGCUUGGCAUUAAUAAUAAUAAUUAAAAAAAAAGGCUAGUUCGUAUUAUAUUAAGGAUAUGAUAAUUCCAAGCCCUUAUAAAUAAUAUAAAUAUAACCUAAUUUAGACUGAAUGUAAGAAAAUAGCGGAUAUUAAAGGAAAUAACAAAACGAAAAAAAAAAGGAUGAGCACCUUUAGACAAUACUAGGGACAUUUGUAAUGUUUUAGUUAACAUAGCGAAUUUUUAGGUGACGAAAAAAGAAUUAAUAGUUAAUUAGAAGAAAAAAAGAAAAAAUCGAAGAAUGCAGGAAAAACGUCACAAUUGAUUUAAUUUAUGAAAAGGACGAUAUAAACUGGGGUCCAAUCGAGUAGCGUGCUUUUGCCGGCUUUUUGUGAUUCGUACAUAUCGCGAUAAUCGCUAAAAAGAAGAAAAAAGAAGAAAAGAAUUAUCAAGCUGUUUUUGUGACGCGGCAAAUCUUUUUUUAAAAUAAUUCUCCGAACAGAGAUUCAUUUCGAAAGCGUUGCUUUAACGCAGUAGUCAUUGAAAUAUAUAAAAUUUAUGUUCUCUUUAUCUUGUUUGAUUCAUUCGAAUCUUUUUCCCCCUAGAUCUCAUAUCGCGUCAUCAACAAUCCAAUGAUGAUUGCCACAUAUUUAAGGAUAAAGCUUAUAACGAUAAAGGAAUGAUAGAAACUUUCCUUUCGUAUGCCUAGUUGAUGCACAUAAUUCUAAGUACGUAGAUUUUUGUAUGAGUAUAUAUAUAUAUUAUAUAUAUAUAUAAUAUAUAUAAAUAUUCGCGACAAAAAAUAUAUAUAUAUAUAAUUUAUAUAUAUAUAUAUAUAAAUAUGAAUAUAAAUAUGAAAAGAUAAUUAAAUGUAUAACAGAAAUGAUUAAAAGGAAAAAAUAAUGAUAUAGAGUUUAAUGUAAAUGUACUGCCAUAAUCAUAUUAUCAUACAAGAGCCUAUGCGAAUAGAUAUAUUAAUAUUAUUCCUGUAAAGAUGAAGAACCUGAGAAACAACAGCGACAACAUGAUGGUUAGCACAAAACAAAACUAGGCAACAAUCCGAUUGUAAAUAGAGCAUAUUUUCAAUGUGUCUGGAAAAGUAUGUUUUGUAAUAUAAGGAUUGCAAAGGAAAAAUAAAAUUAUUAAAGAAUUA